AUGUUUCUCACCUGCAAACCCCCAACUUUUUCUGGAGAAAGGGAUCCAAUAAAAGCAUUACGUUGGAUCAAGGAAAUUGAAUCUGUCUUCAACACUAUUAGAUGUCCAAAGGGUGAUAAAGUCAGAUUUGCUAUUGCUAUGUUGAAGUCUAAUGUUGUGUUCUGGUGGGAAGUGGAGUCUUUGGCCAGACCAGAUAUGCUGCAGAACCUAUCAUGGACAGAGUUUGUGAAUAGACUUAAAGAGCAAUUUUGUCCUAAAACAGGAUUUAGGCAAAUGGAGGAAGAUUUCCUCAAGCUGGAGCAGGACUUUGGGGGCACAAGGAAAGUGGAGAGGUAUAUUUGGGGACUUAAGCCAUCAAUAAGAGAAUUGGUGAUUGCUAUGAAUCCUACCACUUUUCCUGCAGCAGUUGAUGCUGCAGAGGUUACUAAAAGGAAUAAGAGUAGGAGUGAGGAAGGGAAGGUUGUAGAAAAGAGAAAAUGGAAGGGAUCCUCAACUGGCUACAGAGGAUCAAAGGCUGYUAAAUUCUACAAGAAACCAAUGCAGAGGCAGAUGGAGAGAGCCUGCCCAAGAUGCAAACAGGUUCAUCAAGGUAGYUGURGACYUGAACCAUUGAAAUGUUUUAACUGUGGAGAAAUUGGGCACACCUCAACCUACUGUAGGCAGAUCAGAAGGUGUUUCCAUUGUAAUUCACCAUACCAUGUUAAAGACAAGUGUCCACAGCUGAAACCACAACAACUAACUUUGGGAAACAAUGCUCCAAACAACAGAGGAAAGCCUGGUGUUAAUAGGGGAGGAUUUGGUAAAGCUCAAGGCAGAUCCUUCCAAAUGACUAAAACUGAGGCAGAAGCUGCACCAGAUGUGGUAACAGGUACUUUCUCAAUCAACUCAAUAUGUGCUAAGGUUCUUUUUGAUUCAGGUGCAAAUUUUUCAUUUGUAUCUCCUUUAUUUUCUAAAAGUGCCUGCAUGAUCCCAAUAUUACUUGAUAAAAAGCUGAUAGUUGAGACUGCAAACAAUCAAGAAACUAUAGCUUCUGUAUACCAAGAUUAUGCCAUCAUUAUUGAAGGUUGUAAGCUACCCAUCCGUUUGUUCCCUAUGCCAAUGAAGGAAUUUGAUGUAGUGGUGGGGAUGGACUGGUUAGCCAGUAACCAGACAUCCAUUUUGUGCAACCAAAAGAGAGUGAAAAUAGAGCUUCUAGGCAAAUGA